GUAAACAGUAUGAAGAAUUUAUACAUUGGCGGAAAUCGUUUUAAUUCUUCUGUACCAAUGCAUUUGGACAAUAUAACAAAGUGCGCUACUAUUUCAACUCUAGAAUCAAAUGUCAAUUGGAUGACGUGCUCACCUGAAAUAGCAACAAGAUAUUUUAUGGUUGGUGUAGAACAAGCGGACGUUUCAUUGGUUUUAUGCGAAAUUCAAGUUUUUGCUAAACCUUUUGGAAGAUAUAAAAUAAAUACAAAUCUUUAUUUAACAAGGGAAUCAGCUCAAAAAUACUGCAAAAAUAGAUACGAAGGCGAUUUAUUAUUUAUUGAAACUGAAGAGGAAUAUCGAUAUCUUCGUAAUAAAUUCAAUAAAAGUAGUACUGACGGAGCGUUCCAUUUUGGUCAUAAUAGAUGGAACUAUCACAAUUACUACGGCUUUAAUCAACCUGACGACUAUGUACCGGAAAUCACUCAGGAAUCGACAUGUGAAGCAUCAUCCCAAAGAGAUCCGUCUACUGAUUGCACUCAGGCUCUUGAUGACGAUUUGACCCAAGAUUGGCAAACUGAUGACGAAGGAGUUGGAGCGUGGUAUAAAAUCAACUUUCGAUACGAAGUUGAGGUUGGUCGCAUAAGAAUUAUGCAAUUGUAUAGUGGAUAUUCCUCUUGGAAGAAUAUAACCAUACAAUACGGAGAUCAAUUAAACGCCACUUUUACUCUAAAGAAGAGAGCCGCGUUGAAUGCUGUCGAUCCGGCAGGUAAAGAUUGGGACGACUUGAUAACAGCCCCCGUAAAUGCUAGCUGGAUAAAGAUAACCUUUGACUCUUACUAUGGAAAGGAUUAUAACGGUCUCAAAAAAAUUCAAGUUCUAGGAAGGAGAAGGAGAGGAUUGAAUUUUAAUGCUGGAGAUUGCUUGGGAAAUGUUUUAUCAAGUCAUGAUAAUACAGAUUUACACGAUUGCGAAACUUUAUGCGCCAAUGAUAAUCAAUGCACUGGUUUUAAAUUUAACAGCACGUUUCUUAGUUGUGAAUUGAAAAAUGCCGAAUGUACAACGAUAGUUCCGGCGAAUGAUAGCUAUAUAUUUCAAUGGUCAACCGAUAUUUAUGGCUUUACUAUAAGAGCGGGAACUUGUGCAGGAAAGCCUUAUAAUCAUCUAAAUACUUUUGAAAGCUGUAUGAAUUUCGCAUUAAAAAGAAAAACAUCCUUUUUUCAAUCAUGGUCGUUUAAUCCAAUUUCCGGACUUUGCCAAAUAGCUCCAUUAUAUUGUUUUUCCGUUGCGAAACCGCUCAGUCCUCAGUAUAACUUUAAUUUUGUAGUUCAAUCGUACAUUCGUUUUAAAGACGAAGAUAUUGGUUGUAUGAAUGAGCCGUCGUCUAGUCCUUACCAAGUUUACAAAGAGUUAUACCUCCAUCCAGGAUUAUUCUCAAAUGGACCACAAUCCAUGACGUCAUUAUACAACAGUGGUUAUAUAACAACAAUAGACGAUUGUAGAGCAAUGUGUAUGGAAAAUUUUCCACAUCUAAAAUACGUUCAUCAAUAUCCCAAUGGACAGUGUGGUUGUUCUCAGUUCUAUGGCUGGGGAGGUUUUAAAAGCCAGGGUUGCUUGGGAGAUUGUGGAGAUGGAAUUGACGAAUUCUGCGCAGAAGAUUCAGAGUUUUUAUGUGUAGCUAUAAAUGGAACUAAUCUUAAUGGACCGAGGUGUAUGAUAUUAACAACGUGGGAUGUCUAUUUAAAUAAACAAUUUGAAGAUUCUUUUAUGGUUCAACAACUAACUCAUUGCGAAGGAUAUUAUAACUUUAUCUGCGAAAGAGAUAGCCAAUUAUGCGAAAGUAAUCCAUGCCAAAACGAUGGCGAUUGUCUCGAAAACUUUGAUAAUUAUGAAUGCAAAUGUAAAAGUGGAUAUUCUGGUAUAAAUUGUGAGAUAGACAUUAACGAAUGUCAAUCGAAUCCUUGCAAAAAUGGCGCCAAUUGUACAGAUUUAAGUAAUAAGUACGUAUGUUCUUGUGCAAAUGGAUAUACUGGCGAUACCUGCACAGAAGAAUUGGACGAAUGUUCCAGUCAACCGUGCUUUUUUGGAGCUUGUCAAGAUCAUAUUAAUUCUUUCAGUUGUCAAUGCCAAAUAGGAUAUUCGGGGCUUGUCUGUAACAUAAAUAAUGACGAUUGUCAGGAUUCAGAUUGCUUAAAUGGUGCAACUUGUCAGGAUGGAGUUGAUAGUUUUUCCUGCAAUUGCGCUAUUGGAUUUACUGGAGAAAAAUGCCAAGAAGAUAUUAAUGAAUGCGAUAGUUCGCCUUGCGUUGCUGGUUCAACCUGUAUCAACGAAGUUGGUAAAUAUUCAUGCAAAUGCGUUGCAGGCUUUGGGGGUGAUGACUGUUCAAUAGAAUUAAAAGAAUGCGCCUCUUUUCCUUGCAAGAAUGGAGCGACUUGCAACGACUUUGACGGUUUCUAUACUUGCAGAUGUUUUCCUGGAUAUACAGGUGUACUCUGCGAAGAAGAAAUUAAUGAAUGCUUAAGUAAUCCAUGCGAAAAUAGUGCGGAUUGCGAAGAUAAAAUGAAUAGCUAUGAAUGUAUUUGUCCACCUGGUUUUGGAGGAGAUAAUUGCGAAGAGUAUAUUGGUAAUCCCGGUGUUUGGACCGAAUGGAGUACAUUUACUAAUUGUUCAAAGUCGUGCGGUAUAGGAUUCAAGAAGCGUACCAGAGAUUGUAAGCCUAUGUUUGACGUUCUUGGCGAAGGAUAUUGUCCUGGAAAAUCGUUGGAUCUGGAAGAAUGCGUCCUCACGCAGUGUCCCCCAAUUAACGGUCAAUGGGGCAAUUGGCAACCUGUAUCGUCUUGCGGUACGGGAUGUGGACCUCAUAAAGCGAAUAUGACUAGAUAUUGCGACUCUCCACCCCCUCAAUAUGGAGGUGAAGGUUGUACAGGAAUUAUUCAUAAAGAGCAAUUAUGCGAAAAUAAGGCCUGCGAAGAAAUUGAAAGUCAAAAGAAUUGUACUAAUUGGUCAGCAUGGUCAGAGUGCACAGCCACUUGUGGCGAAGGGGUGAAAUCUAGAGGUCGAAAAUGUAGAAUAGUAUCUACCAAUAGUAAUAGUACAUUGUCCGAUGAUAGUUUAGAUAUUCAAAAAGUUCGUUGCUUUCAGAAUGAUUGUCCAGCCUCGGAAAAAACAUGCCGUAUUUGUGAUAAAAGUUCUCCGGGAUCUUUAUCCUCUUUAGCGGAUGCGAAUUGUAUUGGACAAAGCUCACCUUGUAGCGGAUUGUGCAAGUAUACAUACAAUGGAGGAAGUACAUUAAGUAUAAAAAAAGAAUGUUCAACAAAACAAGAAUGUACAGCAGGAUUAGCUACUCAAGAUAAUCCGAAAUGUACCUCUCUAAAAUGGCUAUUAUCGGAUUAUGAAGGUGAAGGCGAUAAUAUCGAAAUGUUGGUUUGGUGGAAACAGCUCAACGAUACUUGCAUUUAUUGUUGCGACGGAAGGUGCGAUGAACUCUUUAUAUCAGGAGCCAAGUAUAAACUUACUCCAUUCAAUGGAAGAUUUGUUAGAGUAGGAGAAUAUGAUCAAACUAAACUUUAUAAAUCUGAUAAGGGUACUGUCUACCUCUACAGGCAAGUUAAAUUACAUCUUUUAUCUGUUAGUAGACGAAAGAUAAUAGCUCUUACGUUCUUCAUCGUUUACAGGAGAAAUGGUGUUUAUUGGUACUUUGGUUCUGUACUUGGUAGCAGUUCAAUUAGCAAUGCUUACGCGAGAAUAACUUCAGGGCCCGCUUCUCCUGUUGGCUUAACAGUCUCCGAAGUCAAUGGAUAUUACUCGUUCAAUUCGGACCUGAAAAUUGCAUGUAUUGACAGCCCCGCCUUUAAGUUAAGAAGGUCGGUGUAUUGCCCCGAUGAAAAUAGAAUAUCUGAAGUAGAUAUUCCAAAUCAAGAUUCUCUUACAUUGGCCGAUUGCAUAGCUGCUUGCGAUGACAGUGAAAGCUGUGUAUCAGUCAGUUAUAAAUUUGGUGAUUAUUGUUUACCUAGGAAUGCGUCUUGUUCAAAGGAAGAUGCUCUUAUCAUAACUGCUGGAGCAGUAACAUUAGAUAAAUUCGGUUUUGUAUCAGAUUUUUUGGUUAAUAAACCAACAAUUCAGAGUAGUACUCGUAAAACUUACUCUGCGAGCCUUGCUAAUGAUGGUAAGGCAACAUUAACCAACUUUAUAUUGAAAGGUGAAUGUUCAAUGACCGAAAAAGAAACGAAUCCUUGGUGGGUAGUUGAUUUAGGAAAGUAUUACGAAAUUGAUGAAUUCCUAAUAAUACUUAGAGAUGAAUGUUGUUUAUCGGACUAUGAUAAACUGGUAGCUGGAGUGUUGAAAACCAGUCCUUCGGCUGGUACUUCUCUUGAUGAUAUUAACGAAUGCAGAAGUUUUGACACGAUUAGUCACACACUUUUAUCGUUCAAUUGUCAAAAUCCUUUGUCAGGAAGAUAUCCGAUAAUUGGUUUAAGAAAGCCUGACGCCAUAUUAAUUUUAUGCGAAGUUCAAAUUUUUACAAGUGAAGUUGGAAAGUAUAAACUAUUCGAAACAUCAGUUAUGCAUUCGGAAGCUGAAAAUAUAUGUUCAACGUAUUUCAACGGUCAUUUGCUUACGCUAGAGACGAAAGAGGAAUACGAUUUUAUCCAAGACUACUUUUUUCGAGAUAAACAGAUUGAUUAUCCCAUUUUAAGUGGUCAUAGCACAAAUAAUUUGAAUGAUUUAUACAAAGUUCCCAGUUUAGACGGCUAUGCUCCAGAUAUUGUAAAAGAAUCAACAUGCCAAGCUUCAUCAACUUUACCAGGUGAUCAUUUAUGCGAAAAUGCUUUUGAAGAUGAUCCCUUCAAAGAGUGGAGAAGCAAUGAUGAAGGAGAAGGGGCGUGGUUUAAAAUAACAUUUCGUUACGAAAUUGAAGUUUUUCGUAUAGAUAUAAUGCAAUUGUAUGGAAGAUUUUCAUCUUGGAAAGAUAUUACUAUAGAUUUUGGAAAUAAUCGCCUCAAACAUUUCACUCUGGUUAGACGAGCAGGAACGAAUAAUGCGGAUAAUUCUGGUAAAAGUUGGGAUUAUCUAACUUUUGAGCCUCUGAAUGCCACAUAUAUAAAUAUAACAUUCAAUUCUUAUUACGAGAAAGACGCUAAUGGUUUGAAAAGAAUAGGAGUUCUGGGAAAAAGAUUAAAAGGUUUAAUUAUGGAAAGUGGAAAUUGCAUUGGUAAUGAUUUAGUUACUCAUAGUGCAACACCAAUAUUUGAUUGCGAAACUCUUUGUUCAAACAAUGACCAAUGUACCGGUUUCGUUUACAAUACAACUGAUAUGAUCAACGGAGACUGCAUAUUAAAGAAUGCAGAAUGUACUACAUUGAUCCCAUCGCCACUCACCUAUUACUUCGAAUGGUCAGAAAGCAUCUAUAGGUUUACAAUGCGCAAAGGAGUAUGCGAUAGUUCGACAUUUGUUCUAAAAACUGGCUUUACAUUCGAAGAGUGUUCGAAUUACGUCAUGGAGAGGAAACAUUUAUAUUUAAUGAGUUGGACAUAUAUGCCUGAUAUCUCCGAAUGUUUUGUUGCAGACAAAAUGUGUCCAGAAACUGGAAUUUUUCCAGUAGUACAAAUCAACUUUAAUUUCAUUGAGCACUCGUUUGAUAGAUUUGAAGAUGGUUACCUCGGUUGUAUGAAUGAGAAUAAUAAUCCACCUUAUGUUAUUUAUAAAGAACUAUACAUUGAUCAAUCGGUAGUAGCUAGUGGUUUGACUAAUCUGUUGGAUAUUUAUAAUGCUAAUUACAAGACAAGCAUGGAUGAAUGUAUAGCCUUCUGUAAAUUCAAUUUUCCCAACCAUACGUACGCUCACCAAUACUCUUCCGGCUAUUGCGGUUGUUCCGACGGCUAUUCGUUCGGUGGACCGAAUAGAUUUGGUUGCACCGAUGAUUGUAGGGAAGGGAUUAACGAAUGGUGCGCGAAAAGUUCAAAAUUCAAGGUAUCCAGAGUAAAAGGAGAAGAUAAUUCAACCGGCUUAAGUUGCCAUACAUUCACAACAUGGGAUCCAUAUUUCCAAGAGUUUGGAAAACAUUACCACUUUUCCUUGUCGAGAAGUCAUUGCGAAGGAUAUUACAAGUUUAUUUGCGAAAGAGAUAUAAAUAUUUGCGAUGAAAAACCUUGUCAUAAUAAUGCUACUUGUAUAAGUAACUUUGAUUUGUACACGUGUCAGUGUACACCUGGAUAUACAGGAACACAUUGUGAAACGGAAAUCAACGAAUGUAUCCCAAACCCUUGUGAUAAUGGAGGUGAAUGUACGGAUUUACUAAAUUCGUAUACUUGUAGUUGUCAACCCGGUUAUACUGAUGCUAAUUGUAAAACGGAAUUGGAUGAAUGUAACUCGGAACCUUGUCAUCACGGUACAUGCAAUGACCACAUUAAUUCAUUUUCCUGCGAUUGUUUAGCAGGUUUUUCGGGAUAUAUUUGCAGUAUUAAUAACGAAGAUUGCGAGGAUACAUCUUGCAAAAAUGGCGCAACAUGUGUAGAUGGCAUCGACACUUUCACUUGUAUAUGCCCAUCGGGGUAUACUGGGUCAAGCUGCGAAACUGAUAUUAACGAAUGUAGCAGCGGGCCGUGCGCUUCCGGUGCAACUUGUCUCGAUAAAGUCAAUGAAUUCAAGUGUGAAUGCCCUCUUGGAUACGGUGGAGAUGACUGUUCAAAAGAACUGAAGGAAUGUGCAUCUUUCCCUUGUAAAAAUGGUGGUACUUGCGAAGAUUUCGAAGGAUUUUAUACCUGUAGAUGUUUUCCAGGCUAUUCAGGAAUUCAUUGUGAUACAGAAAUUGAUGAAUGUUUCAGCAGUCCUUGUGAAAAUAGCGGCGAAUGCAAAGAUAAAGUGAAUAGCUAUGAAUGUAUUUGUCCACCUGGUUUUGGAGGAGAUAAUUGCGAAGAGUAUAUUGGUAAUCCCGGUGUUUGGACCGAAUGGAGUACAUUUACUAAUUGUUCAAAGUCGUGCGGUAUAGGAUUCAAGAAGCGUACCAGAGAUUGUAAGCCUAUGUUUGACGUUCUUGGCGAAGGAUAUUGUCCUGGAAAAUCGUUGGAUCUGGAAGAAUGCGUCCUCACGCAGUGUCCCCCAAUUAACGGUCAAUGGGGCAAUUGGCAACCUGUAUCGUCUUGCGGUACGGGAUGUGGACCUCAUAAGGCGAAUAUGACUAGAUAUUGCGACUCUCCACCCCCUCAAUAUGGAGGUGAAGGUUGUACAGGAAUUACUCAUAAGAAACAACUAUGCGAAAAUAAGGCCUGCAAAGAAAUUGAAAGUCAAAAGAACUGUACUAAUUGGUCAGAAUGGUCAGAGUGUAGCGCUACGUGCGGUAAAGGGAAAAAAUCCAGAUCUAGAAAAUGCAAUACACCUUCAACUGGAAACUCAGCAGAGACGGAAUCUAUUUAUUGUUCAACAAAGCGAUGCCCAGUUGAAGGCUGCAUGUCGUGUGAGAAGAAAACUCCUCUAUCGGAAGCAAAUCCAACGAAUAUAGAUUGUCAAGGAGAGGUUACACAAUGUAAUGGAAUGUGUAAAUACACAUACGAGGGGGGCAAUACAUUAACUGUUAAGAAAGAGUAA